AUGCCGCCGAAUGAUGCAGCGCUUUCUCGGUCCGUCCGCUCUCCUCUUAUCCCCCGCCGCGCCACCGUUCCCAACGCCAAGCCAGUCGCCUGCAUCUGUGGAGCCAGCCCGGCCCCUGGUUCUGAGAACCGUUUCUCGGACUCGACAGUCUCGACAGUCUCAACAGUACCUUUAGGCGAGUCGCGCAAACCCCCUCGUCCAUCACACUAUUCGGAGCAAGGCUACGACGCCGACACAUCUGACCGCGAAUCGGUUGCCCGCAGCUUCGAAGCGCACACCUGGCGCACGGCCGCUUUCGAGGCCCAAGUCCGCGCCGAGGCAGCCGAGGAACGGGCCGAGGCCCUCGUUGCGGCGCUGGAGGACGCAUAUUCAGAGCGGGACGCCGCUGAGGCCGCUGGACGAAAGGGUCUCGCCUCCCUCGCGAGUGUGGUACGCGAAAAGAUAGUCGUCGAAGAGCUGUUGAAGGCUGAACAGGCUCGGACAGCGGGGGCUGUCGAAGCGGCGAAACACAUCGCAAAGGCGGGUGACAAGGCUGUCGUGAUCCUCCGUGAAGAGGUAGAAACCGCGGUGGGCAAGUAUGAGGCUGAGCACGCUGCCCUGAAGGCCGAGAACGAACAGAUGGCCACGCUGUUACAACGGUUGAUGGUGUUGGCAGAGAAACCCGACGAGCGGCAACAUGACGACCGCACGAUCUCGCGUACCUUCUCGCUCCGCCGGCGCAAGAAGCCCCUCGAGGCACUUGUUGACGAGGGUGCCCUCCCCCCGUCUAUCAGGGAACAGCUCCUCCUCCGCGAAAAGGAGCGGCUUGAAGCCGAGCUGGAGGCUGUUCAGAAACAGCGCUCGGCGGCGAUGGCGCGAGCCCGCGGCGCCGAGGAGAGCGAAGGACUGCGCGCCCUCGACGCCGCUGGCGAGGUUGCCCGAGGCGUGCGUGAGCGGGCGGAGGUUUGUGGUGAUUGCCUCCCAAAGGUGUUGAAGGCGGUGGCCCGGGCCGAGGACGACGUGAGACGCAAGUAUGAGCGCGCCGUUGUGCGGAACUAG